GAAAGAAUGGGAAGGCACUAAGGAGUGCUGCGCAGUCGAUCCAACACGCUGACUGCCCCUCUAUUUACUGUCAUUUGCAAAAGGCCUUGAUUGUAUCUCAGUCUAAAAAAUACAAGUAGGAUCUAUCUUUUUUUUUUUUACUUUAGUUACCAUUCCACCUCUUCAAGAUGACAAGAAUUUUGACAGCCUGCAAAGUGGUGAAGACGUUGAAAGACGGAUUUGGGUUUUGCAAUGGGACGGCACAUCAGCACUGGCGUUUGUCAAUGGCUGGCACCAGAUUUUUAAGCGUCAAGGCUCAGACGGCAAACUUGGUGCUAGACGAUGGAACGAAGAUGAAGGGCUAUUCCUUUGGCCACCCGUCAUCUGCAGCCGGUGAAGUGGUCUUCAACACAGGUCUUGCUGGCUACACGGAAACCCUGACAGAUCCCAGCUACCGGGGGCAGAUUCUCACAAUGGUCAACCCCAUUGUGGGCAAUGGCGGGGCACCAGACACUGCGGCUGUGGAUGAAAUGGGCCUCAGCAAGUUUUUAGAGUCGGACGGAAUCAAGGUAACGGCAGUCACAAAACCAGGACUGGACAAAGGAGCCCAGUGGAGAAAUUUAGAAAUACAAAUCCCUGGUGUGAAUGGGAGUGCCCUGAUCUUUUCCAGGCUCCUCCCCGGGCGGGGGGAAGCGAGAUGGAACUUUCCAGAAAAACAUAGAUGGGCCACUUGA